UAGCCUGCAGACCGGAAGUGCGUCGCGCCGGCAAGAUGGCGGCUGAGGCUGGCCCUUUGGGGGCCGUGGCCUGCCUCUGCCGUGUGCUCCUCUUUCUCUCACAGUUUUAUAUCUUGUCGGGCGGUGGAUCCUUAAAUUUAGAGCAUUCGCAGCCGCUGGCUCAGUCAAUAAGGGACCCGGGCCCAACACGUACUUUCACAGUAGUUCCCAGGGCAGCAGAGAGCACCGACAUCCCCCCUUACGUGAUGAAGUGCCCCAGCAACGGUUUGUGCGGCAGACUCCCUGCAGACUGUAUAGAGUGCAAGACGAACUCCUCCUGCGUGUACGGGAAGCCCGCCGCUUUCGACUGCACGGUCAAGCCGUUCGUUACCUGUGUUGAUCAGGACUUCAGGUCCCAAAAGAACUUCGUCAUCAACAUGACCUGCAGGUUCUGCUGGCAGCUCCCCGAGACCGAGUACGAGUGCUCCAACUCCACCGCCUGCAUGACGGUGUCCUGUCCCCGGCAGCGCUACGCCGCCAACUGCACGGUGCGGGACCACGUGCACUGCCUGGGUAACCGGACUUUCCCGAAAAUGCUCUACUGCAACUGGACCGGAGGUUAUAAGUGGUCUACGGCCCUGGCUCUGAGCAUCACCCUCGGCGGGUUCGGAGCAGACCGCUUCUACCUGGGCCAGUGGAGAGAAGGCCUCGGCAAGCUCUUCAGCUUCGGCGGCCUGGGCAUAUGGACGCUGAUAGACGUGCUGCUGAUCGGGGUCGGCUACGUGGGCCCGGCGGAUGGCUCUCUCUACAUUUAGCUGCGGUCGUGCGCUUCAGAGAGGAGCAGCGCUGAGAGAAAGUCCUGCCUGUAGGGACUGAUGUGCCGUGAGUGAUACAUCUGUGUGUUUUUAAUGUACAGCAUCUGUACUUUGCCUGCCUUGAUGAAGGUCAAAUUAAAAAACAAAGAA